AUGAGUCGAUAUUCGAUGAAAUGCGAUGGUUUUGAUCAGGGGACUGGAUAUUUACCGGAAGCUCUUCGCGGCGUUGCUCGAAAUCAUCUAGCAUCUUUCGACUACUUUUUGGAUCACGGCCUUUCUGAUGUGGUUAGGUGCCUCGACAACAUUAGCAUCCAGCCUUCAGGCGCUCAGAAUACAUCGUCAUCGCCUCGCUUCAAGAUGUGGUUUGAAAACAUCAGUAUAGGGAGGCCAAUAAGGGAGGACACUACAGCGGUGCGUGCCCGUGACCCUCGCGUUUUCCCACGCGAAUGUCGUGAGUCGUCAAAUACCUACAAGGCGCCUAUGUUGGCAACAGUUGCCUGGACUUUCGGGGAUGUCGGCGCCAUCUUUCGCCGAGAAUUUCGCAUAUGCAUGUUUCCCGUCAUGGUUGCAUCGAAGGUCUGUAAUCUAUUUGGAUUCUCCCAAGAUGAACUUAUCUGUAGGGGCGAAGAGGGUCAUGAGAUGGGUGGGUACUUCAUCUUAAAUGGAAACGAGCGAAUAAUCCGGCUGCUUGUCCAGCAACGAAGGCACUACAUAAUGGGAAUGAAGCGAAAGGCAUAUUCAUCUCGAGGGCCCAUUUACACUCACUAUGCAACUGCUAUCCGCUGUUCAGCCAACGAUGAGCAUACAAGCACAGUUCGCAUUCAUUACACAUCUGAUGGAUCUGCUAGGCUUGUCUUUGUUCAUCGUCGAAAAGAAUACUUUGUCCCCGCUGGAAUCAUACUACGCGCACUUGCAGAGUUUUCAGAUAGUGUCGUGCAGGCGAUUGUAGCCCGUGGUCUCACCGGUUUGGGAGCUCAAGUUUUCGCUAUUGAGCGCAUCAGAAUCAUUCUCGGUGAAGCUGCCACUUUUGGUAUUCACAACAAAGUUCAAGCUCUGGCUUAUCUUGGUGAACAUUUUCGCGCACAGCUUGAUGCGAACCCGUGGGAAACAAACUUUGAUGUGGGCAAACGCCUGAUUUGUGAACACAUUUUCAUACACUUGCAAAGUGAUGAGGAUAAAUUCAACCUUGUGCUACUUAUGAUGCAAAAGCUAUACGCUCUUGUUGCCGGACAAUGCUCAGCGGAUAAUCCUGAUUCACUAAUGCAUCAUGAAAUUUUGCUGCCGGGAAUUUUGAUGCAGAUUUUUGUUCGCGAGAAGCUGCAGGAUGCGCUGCACAAGGCAAAAAUUGCUUUGAAUAGAGAAUUUGAGGAGAACCCGAACCAUGCUUCAGCGGAUGAUGGAGAGUGGCUCUCGCAAGUUGCAAUUGAGGCGAUCACGAAAACAAAUAUUGGAAGACUUGCUGAGUAUUUUCUCGCAACGGGCAACCUUUCUAGUAGGACAGGACUUGGACUUACACAGACAAGUGGCUUCACAAUAGUUGCUGAUAAACUAAACUACAUGCGUUACAUUUCACACUUUCGAUCAGUUCACCGUGGUGCUUAUUUCGCAGAGCUUCGAACAACGACUGUUCGGAAAUUACUGCCAGAGUCAUGGGGCUUUCUAUGCCCUGUGCAUACUCCUGAUGGUAGCCCAUGUGGACUAUUAAAUCACUUGGCUGCUUCAUGCUACAUACACGUUGCUUGUGAAAGUACUGGGGAGGCAAGAGACCGAGCCAGGAGCCAGGUUUUAAAAGUGUUGUCAUCAGCCGGCGCACUAAUCUUGCAUGGUAGCACAAGUCUUGGAUCUGCUCCUCCGGCACACCUUACAGUAAUGCUUGAUGGACUGAUCCUCGGCUUUGUAGCCGAUUCAGAUGCGAAAGUCGUCGUCUCAGCUCUCAGAGCUGCAAAGGUUUCUGGGUCAAAUGGGGUAUCUUCACAUCUUGAGAUUGCGCACAUACCAUUGUCUUCUUGUGGCUAUGGUGGAGCAUUUCCUGGGCUAUAUUUAUUUUCAACAUCUUCACGCAUGAUGCGUCCGGUCAUACAGCAACAAAACAGAAUCACUGAAAACAUUGGGUCAUUGGAACAGGCAUUCAUGUCAAUUAGAUGUCCAGAUGGUAGACAAAAACCAACCUGCAUUGCAGAACACGCACAUGAAGAAAAUGGACCUGGGACAAUCCUAUCCGUAGUUGCGAGUCUUACUCCAUGGUCGGAUUUCAAUCAGUCACCGCGAAACAUGUAUCAAUGUCAAAUGGCCAAACAAACUAUGGGCAUGCCACUACAUUCCUUUUGCUACAGGCCCGAUACAAAAAUAUAUCGUCUACAUACACCUCAGCGUCCAGUUGCCAUGACAGGGCAAUACGACAAAUAUCAGAUGGACAAUUAUCCUUUGGGGACAAACGCAGUCGUUGCUGUCAUUGCGCAUACCGGAUAUGACAUGGAAGACGCCAUGAUUGUGAAUAAAGGAGCCAUGGAAAGGGGCCUUGGUCAUGCAACAUUAUACAAAACGGAGACGGUGACGUUGGUUGCUGGAUCAGACGAAAAUUUUGGUCAAUGCAAUGUGAUACAGCAGAAAUUGGGAUCACCUAUUGCAUUUACGGAAAAGCAUCCAUUCGACCCUGACAUUGACACCGACGGUGCACCUCGUCCAGGAUCCAUAAAACAGGCCGGCUCGACAUUGUGCAGUGUUGUUGAUCGCAGUACAGGGCGAGUUAGACUUCACAAAAUCAAAGGCAGUGAUCAUGUGAUCAUCGACCGUGUUUCCAUUAGCAGUGGAAAAGCUAGCAAAGGGCAGACAGAAACAAAGAUGUCAGUAACCGUCCGAUGUGAUCGUAACCCAAUCAUUGGAGAUAAAUUCAGUUCGAGGCAUGGACAGAAAGGUGUUCUGUCAUUUCUUUGCCCGGAAGAAGAUCUGCCGUACAUUGAAAAGUCUGGAUCUCGUCCUGAUAUACUCAUUAACCCCCACGCAUUUCCUUCUCGCAUGACGAUUGGGAUGCUUCUGGAAAGUAUGGCAUCAAAAGCGGGGGCGCUCGAUGGUCGCUUCAUUGACGCAAGCCCAUUCCAAGCAGCCAAUGAUGAAACACAUAUCAUAUCACCCACUCGCGAAUACGGUGAAAUGCUCCGCAAACACGGGUAUAACUAUAGCGGAAGUGAAACAAUGGUCAAUGGUCUUACAGGAGAGCGAUUUGAUGUUGAUAUCUUUGUUGGUCUAGUAUAUUAUCAGAGGCUCAGGCACAUGGUGAGUGAUAAAUUUCAGGUCCGUUCUUUAGGCCCAAACAACCCCUUGACUCAACAGCCAAUUAAAGGCCGAAAAGCUGGGGGCGGCAUUCGGUUUGGAGAGAUGGAACGCGAUGCACUAAUUGCCCAUGGAUCGUCAUAUCUGAUACACGACCGAUUGCACGCCUGCUCCGACCGUCAUGUUACCUCAUUGUGCACUUACUGUGGUAGCUUACUCGCCCCGGGUGCAAACAUCCAAAUGGCCGCAACUCAUCAAGUACACGCCAGUGGCGCUGGAAAUGGGCAGGGUCGUUUACAUUCAUUCGACGAUAUAUUUCCUCGAAAGGUGUCGUGCAGAGUCUGCAACACUGGGACCGGAGUUCACAAUGUUGCUCUGCCAUUUGUUUUCAAAUAUCUUGCUGCAGAACUUGCUGCCAUGAACAUACGAAUAGGAUUGGAGGUCGGUGACGAUAGAGUUUGA